CGCAAGUCUCCUGCUGUAGGUGUCCCUGUUCCAGCUUAUCCCUUCUGCUUGCUGCUGACAAAUGGCUCGAUACUCGUACAUCCUGGUCGUGGUGCUCUUGGCCAUCUGCUCCCGUCUGGGAUCCUUUGGGACCAUGGCCAUGCCGGAUGAGGAGCGCUAUGUGCGCAAGGAGUAUAACCGCGAUUUCCUGGACUGGUUCAACACCGUGGGACAGUUCACUCCCGGGCAGGUGGCCGCCAUCUGCCGCUAUCCUUUCAUCCUGGAGAACUCCUUGGGCCCAUCCAUGCCCAUCAGGAAACGCAAUUCGGAGCUCAUCAACUCGCUGCUCAGUUUGCCCAAGAACAUGAACGAUGCUGGCAAGUAAAAUGGGAUUAAAUCUGGAUGUCAUGACAGAUUUGGAAGCCGCACAUUUGAACUCAUGGAACCUGGAAAAGAGCCUAUUAUUUAAUUGUCGUUUUAUUUGUUGGUGCGUCGAAGGAAAUUGAAAAUCCGCAGGAGGAACUGGCGUAGAAUUUUAGUAGAGAGGAAAGACCGUAUGAAUUUGUUGCUUUACAAAAUAUAUAGAAAAAUAUACAAAUAGCAAAUCUUAGAGAAUGGUGUACAUUUUUAGGCCUUAGGCGAAAAUAUACGACUACCACACAGAGAUAUUUA